AUGACGCGGUUGUGGCUCUUCUUCCUUUUAUCUAUUCAAUAUGCCUUUCCAAUUGAAGUCGUAUACACGAAGAAAGGUAAUCUCAAUCUUACGAUCUAUUUGUUUUUCUAGGGAGCUCUGGAUUUACCAAACUGGACAGAAGAGAUAACAUUGCUCUUCAAAUGUCUUGUGGAUACAACAAAAACAUUGAGAAAUGGAGACUGGCAAUUGAAGGGGGAGAUCUGGUGAACCGAGGAGACGUUCCCUAUGCCGUUGCAAUUACUCGAGAGACUAGGCAGUGAGUGGUAAACCAACAAGUACCAUUCCUUUGAUGCCAAACUUGUGAUAAGUGCCCAAUUUCAGUCCCGCAGCCCGUUGUGGGGCUGUGGUAAUCAGUAAACGACAUAUUCUGACCGCUACCCAUUGCUUCUUCAAUUAUUUUGAGAAUAAAAUCCCUUGCGAGUAGGUUGUGACAUUUGUCAUCAUCCUUACCAAUAUCAUCAUAUCUUUUUCAGAAAACGUCCAACUCUACUCAAAGACGUUGAUAGACUUGUAAUUGCUUUUGGUGGUGUAUGUCUGCGAUCUGACAGGAACUGUGAUUCCCGGGAUAUGCGACUGGUGGCCAUAAAGAACGUGGCGUAUAUGCCUCAAUUCCAUAAUCAAAACUGCACAAAAGGAGGGGACAUUGCUGUUGUGGAAGUGGAAGAGGACUUCGAGGCAUGUGGAGAAGGUCUACAUUAGUUUUUGUUUCAGUUUGGUGCUUUCCUUCAGCCAGCAUGUCUGUUUACCGAAAAGAAAAAUAAUCUGGAAAAGAGGCUGAACAAAAUGAAGAAUGUCUUCAGCUGUGGAUGGGGAAAUGAUCGUAAGUUCCCUAAGGCAAGCGCUUAUUUCUCCAAUUCUUUCAGAUGGCCAUUCCUCUGCCCGUCUACAAUAUAUUCACUCCAAAUAUGGCACAAUGAAAUACGGUUCCGAUGACGUCAUCUACUUUGUACCAAAGGAUACGAAAAAUGAUCGGAUUUGCAGUGUAAGUUAACUCAAAAGCAUUGUGGAUGUUUAUGUGACUGGCUGCGGUGUUUCUGAUUUAAUUUUACUUUUUUCAGGGCGACAGCGGUUCCGGCAUCUUUGGCUACGAUGGCGGAAUUGGCCGUGAUGUUUUGCUCGGGGUCCAUUCCCAUGGACAAGGGUGCGAUGAUCCUAUCAACCCCGCAGAAAAUUACUAUUACGUAACUUCGAUCAUCCCCCAUGUGAAAGCAAUCUGCAAACUGACCGGAGUUUGCCCUCCGGGCGUUAUCCCGUAA